UUAGAACAACUCGUUGAUGAAUUAUCCUUGCCAAUGAACAAAAUAUCGAAUUGGUUUCAUAAUGCCCGAAUGAGAACUAAACCUAAUACGUAUAUGAAAGAUAUAAAUAAAAUAUCUUCGACGCCUUUAACUGAUAAUAAUGAUGACGAUGAUGAUGAAGAUAAUACUUUACCAGCAAUUGUACCCUUAAAUAAUUCAUGGUUUAAUACGACAAAUGAUUCAGAUACUUCGACUAGUCCAGUUAGUUUAGCAACAUCAUUAACAAAUAUUAUCUCUUUAAUCGACGAACAAAAGCCUACUCUUUCGAUAUCUACAUUUAGUUCAAGUAGUAAAAAACGAAAAUCUAUUCCACAAAAAAUUAUUACUACGAAAAAACUACAUAAUAAAUUAAUAACUGAGAAUGAUAAUUAUAAUGACACAAUACUAUCAAAUCAAACAACGAAUGAAUCAACAAAUUCUGUUGCUACUAAUACUUAA